AAGCUCUUGGGAUAAAACGAGUUGAUAUACACGGAACUGUGACAAAACAAAAUUGUAGCAUAAGGCGAGAAGGCAGUGAAUAGAAAGGAAAAGUGCAUCAUGGCCGUCCUUCCAUCUUUAUCAACCGAGACCUGGACGCUUCUCGUUUCAUUCUUAACUCUUCUGAUCCUGUAUGGCAUUUGGCCAUAUAGUUUCUUCAAAAAACUGGGAAUUCCUGGUCCUAGACCUCUGCCCUUUUUUGGGAAUUUCCUGGAAUUCAGAAAAGGUGUUCAUGUAUUUGAUUUGGAGUGUUUCUGCAAAUUUGGAAAAGUAUGGGGGGUUUUUGAGGGCAGGACACCUACACUGGCUAUCGUGGAUACUGCAAUUAUCAAAACUAUUAUGGUGAAGGAGUGCUAUUCUUUGUUCACUAACAGGAGAGAAGCAAAAAUGGUAGGACCAAUGUAUGAUGCUCUGUCAUUGGUAAAAGAUGAGAAAUGGAAAAGAAUACGCAGUGUGCUUUCACCAUCCUUUACCAGUGGACGCCUGAAAGAGGUUUUUCCGAUUGCAAAGCAGUGUGCUGACACUUUGGUUAUAAAUUUGCAUAAGAAAGACCGGAGUCAACCUGUCCAAAUUAAGGAUGUCAUUGGACCCUACAGCAUGGAUGUUGUUACCAGCGCCUCCUUCAGUGUCUCCAUUGACUCUCUCAACAACCCCGAUGACCCCUUUGUGACCAAUGUCAAGAAGAUGCUCAAUUUCAAUUUCUUCAACCCUAUUCUGCUUAUCAUAACUAUAUUUCCUUUCACUGCUACAUUGUUGGACAAGCUGAAUUUUAGCCUUUUCCCUCAGUCAGUGAUGACCUUUUUCUACGACUCCUUUCGCAAGAUAAAGGCAGAACGUAAACAAAAUAUUCCCAAUAAUCGAGUGGAUUUCUUGCAAUUGAUGAUGGAUUCACAACUUCCUGAGAAUAACUCAAGCAUAUAUGGAGAAAAGGAAGUUAUAAAAGGUCUAACAGACCAUGAGAUCCUGUCUCAGUCCCUGAUCUUUGUUUUUGGUGGUUAUGAGCCUACAAGUACAUCCCUCUCCUUCUUAGCGUACAAUCUUGCCACCAACCCUGAUGUCCAGAAGAAACUACAAAAAGAAAUUGAUGAAGUCUUCUCAAACAAGGCUCCUGUGACAUAUGAAGCACUCAUGAAGAUGGAAUACCUGGACAUGGUCAUCAGCGAGUCUCUCAGGCUGUUCCCUUCACCCCGUCUUGAGAGGAUGUGUAAGAAGACUGUUGAGAUUAAUGGGGUGACCAUCCCAGAGGGAAUCAUUGUUACGAUACCAGUGUAUGCUCUUCAUCACGAUCCUGAUCACUGGCCCGAACCUGAUGUCUUCAAGCCUGAAAGAUUUAGCAAAGCCAACAAGGAAAGCAUGGAUCCCUAUGCUUACUUGCCAUUUGGAACUGGACCUCGCAAUUGCAUUGGAAUGAGGUUUGCCCUAAUGGUUAUGAAACUGGCUGUUGUGCAGCUGCUUCAGAGCUUCAGUUUUGAAACCUGCAAGGAGACACAGGUCCCGGUUGAAUUGAAUGCUAUUUUUCAGCCAAAAAAACCUAUAACACUGAAGGUUGUCCCACGAACUCCAUCAAGUGCUGAUGAAGUGCAGGACUGGAGGUGAAUUAGAACAGAAGACAUUUUUAUCUGAAUUUUCCUUUGUUAAUCACAGAUAAAGUCCUUAAUGUGAUGUCACCUGAUACCAAGAUUCAAAUAAAUUUAUCAGAAAUACUUUUUAAAGUUACUCCUAAUCUAAGAAUAUAGAAAUUAAUAUUUACAUGCAUCCUUGCCGGUCUAGUUGAUGUGUCUAAAAAGACCUUCCUCCCCAAAAAGGAUGAUGAAUGAAGGAUGAUGAAGGUUUUUUUACAUUUCUUUGUUAAAUCUUAGAAGUCAAAUUUUCUCUUCAAUAAACCACGCUUUUCAAAAAA